AUGCUUCGCACAUUUCUAGCAGUUCAGGACAUCGGAAUCAGCUGCCACCAAUACCACUUCAAUGGAAUCAUACCAGGAUGGUCUUCAUUCUUCGAUAUUUUCCGUGCUAUAGUACAUGAAGGAAAUGAAUAUUCAGAUGCUCAGAAGUUUUAUUAUUUGCGUUCGUGUUUACAAGGGCAAGCAUUAGACUUGGUGCGUUCUAUUCCUAUCAACGACGGCAACUAUUCGGUAGUUGUUGAAAGGCUCAAGCAACGAUACGACAACCCUAGUCUUGUAAUUCAGUCGCACAUACGAUCGCUUCUUGAAUGUCCAAGGAUCGAAGAACCAUCAGCAUCAGCGCUGCAAGAACUUUAUUCACAUGUAAGCACUCACGUUGCCGCACUGAGAGCGCUUGACCAAUCGAUCGAACAAUGGGAUGCGUGGUUAAUCACUAUAGUUACAGGACGUCUUAACAGAAGCACCAGGCAUGGAUGGCAACUACAUCUGAGAAACACUGAUUUACCCAAGUACUCGGACCUCGAAUCGUUUCUGGCUAGCUGGUGUGUGGCGUCAGAAGGUUCAGAGACAGUAGGUUUAAAUCAAAAGGGAUCUAAGGUUAUUCCAAAUAAUUCGGGCACAAGGUAUUCAAAACAAAACCAAUUGAAGGAAGCUCAACUCACCCAAUCAGCGAGUAGUAAGAAGUUUGGAGCCCACUCAAUAGGUGCUCUUGUAUCAGCAUCCGAAGUGAAAGAAAAAUGCGCAUACUGCACAAGCAUCCACAGGUUGUAUACAUGUAGCAGUUUUAAGAACCUUUCAGUCGGAGAUCGAAUUAAUUUUGUACGUGUAACUAAGCUAUGUUUCAACUGUCUUCAUCCAGCACAUGCAGCUGAUAAAUGCAGAUUAAGAUAUAAUUGCUUUGUCUGCAAAGGGAAGCACAAUACUUUACUUCAUUAUGAAAGAAAAAGGGAACCUUCGAAAUCUGUGAGUGACGAGGACACGCCUGAAGAAGGUUUAGCUUCGUCUUCAAACCAGACUGGCUCAAAAAAGGUAUUACUAGUUCAUCAAGAACAUGGACACGUAUUUUUGUCAACAGCAGUAUUUCUAGUAAGGGACCAUCAAGGUGUGCGUAGGAAAUGCCAUGCCAUACUAGAUAGUGGUUCGCAGGUUAACUUCAUAUCCAAGAGACUAGCAAAACAACUACAAUUACCAGCUGCAAGGUCGUCGCUUCCAGUUAGUGGCAUAGGAGCAAACACACUCCAGUCUAGUACCUAUGUUGAUGUACAUGUUGAUACCAGAUUGGGUUCAUCGAGUUUCAACUUAUCUUGUCAUACCUUACCUGUUAUCAUGUCACAACUACAACCUGUUCGUACUCCAGUGGAAGGCUGGACAAUUCCAAGUGAACUAUUACCACAGCUAGCUGACCCUCAUUUCUGUGAUUCCAAACAAAUCGACUUAUUGAUUGGAGGUGGUGCAUUCUUUGACAUAUUGCAGCCAAGUCGUAUACAGCUGGAUGUGAAGAUGUUAUAUCUGCAGGACAGCAAGUUGGGUUGGAUAGUCACCGGUGAGUUGAGCCACACAUGUCUGCUAAGUGUUGGCAGAUCGUUGGAAGAAGAAUCUAAGGCAAUUCUCGGCCACGAAGAUGUUUUGUACGACAAACAAUCAAAGGCAAACCAGUGUUCUACCGAAGAAAACCAUGGGCUCGAACAUUUUCAGUCCACAUUCAGACGAAAUGAGGAAGGUCGUUUCGUGCUGCAAUUACCCGUCAAAACAGACCUAACUAAUUUAGGUCAGAGUGUCAAUUCAGCUACAUCUAGGUUUCUCAGUGUGGAGAGAAAACUACAGCAAGAUGCAGACUUGUGA